CUUUUUUACAGGCACAGAGAGAGGACAGAGAAGAAGGUGCGAGAAUGGCGUCGGCUUUGAGAGCAGCGAUUCUAGGUCAUGUACGAAUCCCGGUGGUGGCUAACGGAUCGAAGCUGCUGAGUCCUUUAUGGAUCCACGGGAACACUUCCGUUCGCUCAAUGUCAUCUCACGACGAUCAUCUCGAAAAGAGUCAAGUCAUUGAUAGAAUCCUUGACAUCGUCAAGAGUUUCCCUAAAGUCGAUCCUUCUAAGGUGACCCCUGAAGUUCAUUUCCAGAAGGAUUUGGGGUUGGACAGCUUGGAUAAUGUGGAGUUGAUAAUGGCGAUUGAAGAGGAAUUCAAAUUGGAGAUCCCAGACAAAGAAGCUGAUAAGAUUGAUUCUUGUGCACUUGCAGUCGAGUAUGCAUGGCAAUUGAAAAACGAGAUUAAAAGAAGUAAAUAA